CUUAAACGGUUGUUUGCGGAUCGCCAUGAUAUAUAAAAGUACUCAGUCCUCGUUGACGUCUCUUGCUUGUACAAUGCUUUUCGUCUGCUAGUGCCAGCUAGGUAAUAAAUAAGAUAUUAUCUUCGCUGUGUGUUACCUUAUCAAAAUGUCCGCUAAGAACCAGCGAGAGAACGAAAACAUUGCUGAGGGAGAGUCUACGCUGAAGGAGGAAUUAAACAAAAAGAUCAAGGAACAGAAAAUUGUGUUUGAUGAGCUCUCCAAUCUGAAGAAAAACAGGAGGGUCUAUGUUCAACAGCCCAACAGUAACAUAUUCUUCUUGGCAGACAGAGGGCAGACUCUUGCUUCAUGCAAAAAGGAACUCGACAACAUGAAGAAGAAUAUGUAGAAUCUACUCAAUCUGGGAUGGAACUACAAAUAAGACCUUACUAGCUAUAAAUAUGUGUGGUAUUUGCUGUGUACUGAGCUUGUCCCCCUCCCAGCUUGUGCUGGAGAAGAGUGUGCAUGAAAACCUAAGGAAAAGAGGGCCUAACUCCAGUUGCAACAUCACCAAAACAGCUUCAAAUCCCCACUACCAGUGUCUGUUCUCUGCUCACGUACUUCACAUGAGAGGUUGCCUUGCCCCUCAGCCAGCACAAGACCGUAAC